AAUGAAAUAUUUAUUGAAAUCACACAGGAUUGAUUAUGAAAAAAGCAAUGAAAGCACCCAAAAUUCCUAAUGAAAUAUUCAAUGAAAGCGCACAGCAUUAAUUAUGAAAAAGGCAAUGAAUACACCUAACCCAGUGAAUGAAAUACCUAUUGAAAGCGCACAGGUUUACUUAUGAAAAGUACACUGUGGUCUUUGCCUACAUUUUAUGAAAAGAACAUAGCCUUUAUGAGAAAGAAUGACACAGGACAAACCUAUGAAAGGCCUUUCAUAAAACUUGUGGACUUAUACACACAGCUCUACAGGCAAGUGCCUUAGUUUUAUGAUAAAGAUGGUAGCCACUUGUGAAUGAAAUAUUUAUUGAAAUCACACAGGAUUGAUUAUGAAAAAAGCAAUGAAAGCACCCAAAAUUCCUAAUGAAAUAUUCAAUGAAAGCGCACAGCAUUAAUUAUGAAAAAGGCAAUGAAUACACCUAACCCAGUGAAUGAAAUACCUAUUGAAAGCGCACAGGUUUACUUAUGAAAAGGUCCUGUGGUCUUUGCCUACAUUUUAUGAAAAGAACAUAGCCUUUAUGAGAAAGAAUGACACAGGACAAACCUAUGAAAGGCCUUUCAUAAAACUUGUGGACUUAUACACACAGCUCUACAGGCAAGUGCCUUAGUUUUAUGAUAAAGAUGGUAGCCACUUGUG